AUGAAUUCCCAUGUGAAGUUAUUUGUUUUCUUUUCAACGAUAAGCUCAUUGGCUCUGGAAUGUUUUGGGAAAAAAGAAGAGCUACUAAGGAAUUUGGCAGAAGGAUCUCUUCUUUCCUCGCCACAAUUUGUCCUCGCCGCCAUCGAGUUUCCUGUUCAAAUAAAAUGGAGAAGACCAGAAAAGGCAAGGAGAUGGAGGGAUUACGUAAUCCUGGUUAAAAAUUAUUCUGCUGACGUCGCUAAAAAUAUCAUAACAAAGAUGGCGCUGUGUGAGCAUAUAAUGCAAAAUUCUGCCGUGAUGGAUCCUGCCUCAAGGUUGAAAGAAUUAAACAAUAAGGCAAAUGAUUUUACCUUUGAUAAUAAAAUUCCAGUGAAAAGAUAUAUUAGAAGCUCAAAAGAAAUGGAAAGAAUGGCACUGGUGUAUGCUACUGAAAAUGAAUGGGAGAAUGGUUUCUUGCUUUACAUGAAAAUGAUCACUUUGCUUGUCGAGAAAAUUCCAAAGCAUGCUAGUUACAAAACUUUGUCACCAGAUGACCGAGCUGUCAUUAGGAAGAGGUGCCAGACUGCAUUUACUGCUGCAGAGAAAUUAAAGAAGGCAUUGAAAUCUCAAUUUCAGAAGGAGUAUGACGAUUGGUUAAAGAAUGAAGAGGAAAGAAAGAGACAAGAAGAAGAAGAAAGAAUAGCUCAGAAAAAAACCAAAAAGUCAAGUAAUACUCCAGAAACUUCAUUUCCUCUUGCACCUUCGGAGACACCUAUUCCUAAUGAGGUUCCUCCGAUCACUACGUUCGGUGCUUACCCUAAUAUACCUGAAGUAGCUCCCAAUAACGAGAGGGUCCAACCCUCAGCUCCCUCAUCAUAUGAACCAUCAUCUCCACAAUACCAUGAACCAUCUCUAUCAUAUGAACCACAAUUACCUCCGUCAUACGAUCAAGCGAUGGAUUACAAUACUGUAUCGGUUACAGAAAUGAAACGAGAGGUGCCAUCUAUUGAUCGUUCAUCUAAACCUACGAUAACGCCAGAAGUUAUUCGAGAUAAGAAACCACAAGAUGCUAUCUUCAGGCAAGAUUCUUCAUUAGAUGGGAAUCGUAAAAUUAUUAUCUCAUCAGAUCUGGUACCUAAAUUUCUUCAGCUGUCCUCUCGUAACACCAGACAGAACUUGGAAACGUGCGCCAUAUUGACUGGAAAAUUGUCUCAAAAUAGAUUCUGCAUAACACACCUGGUUGUGCCGAAGCAAUCUGCCACGCCCGACUCGUGUACCACUGAGUGUGAAGAGGAGCUGUUCGAUGUACAGGACAAAUACGAUCUCAUAACGCUAGGUUGGAUACACACUCAUCCUUCUCAAACGAGUUUUCUAUCCAGUGUUGAUCUUCACACGCAGUGCUCGUACCAACAGUUGAUGCCUGAAGCCAUCGCUAUCGUCUGUGCACCCAAAUACAACACAACUGGCAUCUACCGAUUAACACCAAACCAUGGAUUGAACUUCAUCGCUUCUUGUUCUCAAUCUGGUUUUCAUCCUCAUCCAAAAGAACCUCCGCUGUUUGAGGACUCACCUUUAGUUCAUGUUGAAAAUGGCUUGACAACAGAGGUAGUGGAUUUACGAUAGAAUAAAAGACAACUUUUGUAAUGAAAUAUGAUGAACACGUUAUAACAGGUCUUUGUAAGCCCUGAUUAAAUUUUAAAGAAAGUCAGGAAACCCUUUAAAUUUUAUAAUGACCAGUUUGGCCUAACUAUUGAAAUAGAACAUAAAAAUAAUUUACUUUUGUUUAUGAUAUCAGUUUCAUUAUAGCCUGUAGUGCUAAGAAUUUUAAAGAGUAAAAAUUCUCAUACCCAUAAAAAUCAAAUAAAAACCCUAAAAGUCACGAUAUGACCCUGAAUUUGAUCUAAUAAAUUCACUGGACACCCUGUUUAAUCAAAAUGGUGGCUAUAGCAGUGAUCAAUUAAGCAAAGUGAUGGCUUCGUUAUUUACUUCAUUAUUUCUUAGAAAUAGUAGGCUUAAAUAGAAUAGUAGAAUGGGAUAUAUAUUACUAGAUUUAUUUUUAUUCAGUCAAUGAUAUAGAACAAUUAUUUGACUUCAUGUCGCUUAAAACUGUGAAGAUAUAUUGAAAUUA